GACCCCAGCCCCUGGCGGGAAUCGUGCGGAAUUUGGCGUUCGCCAAGCAACGCUUCGACUCGACGGCGGACCCAGUGUUGAAAAUCGCCCUCUUGCUCGUGCCGGUGGCAACUUUGCUAGCGUACAUCGCGUCGGACCGUCGCCACGACCGGGAGCAGCGCCAUCGGGCGGGCGCCUUGUUGCGGAAAUUCGAUACUAAGUUCUGUAUGGCCGUUGGUGUGGCCGCGGACUGGGGGAUCAUAUGCAAUUGGUUCUUGCGACUCUUCGACGUCGCCAGCCACGACAUUGCAAAGUCGCGUUCCGAGAUCGAUUGCAUGGUCGAGACGCUGGAUGCUGUCUUCAUGGAAGGGCGGGUCUUCCAGUCGGCCCUCCAGGAGCCGCUACCGCGGCUCCGUGUCCGAGCGGAAGGACACGAGGCUGGCUUCAUCACAGAGACGGUCAUGCGCGAUCUUCGCCGCAGGUAUGUGUUCUACGCAGACGGAGACCCCGUGAUGCCAUGGGGGGAACCAGCAGCAGCGCACAAGGAGGAGCUCCUCCACCGAUUGCAGAACGUGGCGAGCUUGACAAAAGAGCGCUUGCUCGCGGACUUCCCGCGGACUGACGUCCGCUCGGCGCUGGCCAUGUUUGACCGGCGUCUCGUGCAGAAAGGCUUCGGCCCAGUGCCCGAUGUGGAAGUGCGGCGUUUCCUUCUGCGGGGCGUUCGCCAGCUGGCGGGCCUCCUCGGCUGCGACGAGCAGGCGGCGGUAUUGCAGUACAACGGCGUGCUUCCCUACAUGAUGCAACAGAUGGGGCCAUCCCAGCCACUGGCGGGGGCAACUAACCAGCAAGCGUGGGCUCGCAUUCUCGACGAUGUCUUUUGGGAGGCGGCUUGCCCGAACCGGCUCCGUGGGGCCUCUCGCAUGCUCUGCCGCCUCGUGCGUUUCUACAUUUCGAUUGAAGACGGGGAGUGCACCGUCGAGCGCGACUUAGCCCGAUAUCGGGAUCAACGGGUAGAGCACCGCACUGAUGAUAUUGCUUUUCACGACGACUGCUUGAUCCUGAAGUUGAACGGGCCGAAGACGGCGUCAGAAUUCGACGAAGGCGCGGCUCGCCCUGGACUAGGCUUGACGUCCUUCUCCAGGGAAUGCGCCAGCCUCUGGCGGGAACUGCUCGGCCAACGGCGUGGGCAUUACAACCCUCAAGCUACUGCGGCGGCCGCGUUAAAAAGGAAGAGCGCGCCCGGGCUGGUUCGCGGACGUUCUCGGGCCGUCCUUGGGGCCGCCCGCCUGGCCGUGACUGUUGCCCGCAUUCGACGGGCGCGGGGCCCGUCGACCGCGGUGCAUUCCGGCGCCGGCACUGAGGGGAGCGCUUUGUGGAGCGACGACAUGGGUAAGUUCCAAGCGCGCAGCCGCAACAAUAUACCAGGCGUCCAGCAGACGCGGGCGCGUCCAGGGGCGCCUUUCGUGAACCCGCCCGGCGUCAACCUGGCCCCGAGACUAGGUUCGACGACGCAGCCUCUGGCGCGGCCCUCGCCGUACAGCAAGGUAGCAAGCCUCGGCGGUGCGACCGACAUGUGCCCUGCGAGAGGUUGCGCUACUGCCACUGGCAGACACCGUUGCGCAGAAGCAGACCUCGUCGUCGUUCCAGACUUGGCGUUUCUCCACGACGUGGACGCGCUGGCAGCAAGUGUGGAUCUGGCCGUCUCUUUCUUUUACAUCGCCUCGCUUGGCCUGGACGUCGUUACGCAGACGCUCCUGGUCGCAGCCCAGGGCCACCCAGACAGAAUUCCACUCGACCAUCGCACGCGCCACGUCCCAGCAAACGAGCGCCAGGAGGUUAUUCAUCUCGGGCCAGGCCUCGUCACGGUGCAUCCAGAUGUGCGGGCGGCGGUGCGGCGCGUGGCCCGCAGAGCGGGGUCGAACCUCGCAGUGUCGGAAGCGGCACCCCCAGCCUCUGGCGGGACGCUUUUCUCGACUCUGCGCGACGUCGUCGCAUGGGCGUCUGCAGCGAGGCAG